GCAGUAGGGGCCGUCUUUGGCUCUGCACAGCCUGAGCGCAUUGCAUCCGAUCUGUGCCGGUCCGAGGGGUCAGAUGUGACCCCCGAGAGACUCAGAUACUGGGGCCAAAUUUUAAGAAGGCAGGAAAUUUUCAGCACAGGGAGCCUAGCCAUGGUCAAUGAUGACUUUGAUAAGACAUACCACCACAUAGGAGGAGCUGUCACCGGGGAAUCCACGGAUGUUUGCUGCAGCGCAACUGCAGAUGCGCGCGUGAGGAGACGUCUAUCCAGAUCAAGUCUUAACAAGUGAUACCUGGAAUAAAAUGACUGAUAUCGUCUCGGGAAAUAUGGUAUAAAGUACUGCACUCCAGUAGCGCCAUUCACAUGAACGCCGCUGGGCUCGCGCGACGCACACUCGAGCGCUAUGCGGCUGCGGACAGCUCGCGACAGCAGCGGCUCUCUGGCGUUUGAGGUUCUUCUAAAGCAAGAUCUGCAAGUUGAGCCUCCAGUGCAGAAGAUGACACAAGAGUAAAUAAGCUUUCACCUUAAAGGUCAUUCAUUUUCCUGUGCAACAAUUAUGCUGCCAAAAGAGCCACACAGUGAUGGCAAGGCUGCCAAAACCUCCUGCUCUGAACAAAAAGUCAAAGCCAUGAAGGAAGAAAAGAAGGAGGUGGUUUUUGUGGAUCCACCAGAUGGUGGUUGGGGUUGGAUGGUGGUCCUGCAUUGUUUCCUGGUGAACGUGUUGGUAAUGGGUACAUUGAAGAGCUUUGGGAUCUUCUUUGUGGCACUGCAGGAUGAGUUUGGAGGCUCGUCCGAGAGUAUCAGCUGGAUUGGAUCCAUCAUGUCCAGCCUCAGGCUCUCUGGAGGUCCUUUGGCCUCAGUGGCCUGUGCCAAGCUGGGGAACAGAGUUACCUCCAUAGUGGGGGCACUUUUUGUCAGCGUCGGCUUCAUCACCAGCAUAUUUGCCACCAGUGUGAUCUACCUUUACAUUAGCAUGGGGAUAGUUGUUGGUCUCGGCUUUGCUCUUCUUUAUCAGGCCACAUCUGUUGUAACAGUGACCUAUUUCCGAAAGAGGCUGGCGACUGCAUAUUCUAUUGGACGCUCUGGCAUGGGUUUGACCUUUGCCCUCGCUCCUUUCACUCAGCUGCUUUUGGAUCAGUAUGCUUGGCAGGGAGCUCUUUUGAUUUUAGGAGGCCUGAUGCUGAACCUGGUGGCUUCUGGGAUGCUUUUGCGGCCCAUUAAUGUUAGACCUCCGGCUUCUCAUAUGUCAAACUCCACCCUUCAUAAUGCUGGAUCUGAGAAAGAACCUCUUAAGGACCAUAUGAACGGCAACACACCUAUAUCCAAUGGCACUUCCAAAAUGGAAAGCUCACCUCCCAUUCACAGGGACACACUUAUAAUAGAGAACACCGUUCAUGAACAGAAUGCUCUCCCACAUCUGGAACUCAAAAAAUCCAUCCAGAAUGGGGCGAACAGUGCAGACGGCAGCCAAAUGAAAACUUCCCCCGAGAUGAAUGGGCUUUCUCCUGUGGAUUCAUUACUUGAGAACAGCAGAACAGAAAAUCUUAAUGAAAACCCUAAAAAAGUGCUGGACUUCUCACUGUUGAAGAACCCUUUCUUUUGCAUCUACACCUGGUCGCUGGUCUUCAGUCAGCUGGCAUAUUUUAUACCUUAUUUCCAUUUGUCUGCAAGGGCCCGGAACCUGGGCAUCGACCCUAUGGAUGCUUCCUUCAUCAUCUCUGUGGCUGGUAUAACAGAGACGGUGGCCCAACUUGCAUCUGGCUGGGUGACAGACAGGAAUCUGGUUCACAAGUAUCACUACCACAAGGCCUACCUGAUCCUGUGUGGUGUGGUCAAUCUUCUCUCCCCUCUGGCCAACUCGUACAUCUUGCUCAUGGUCUAUGCUGUCUUCUUUGCCAUCUUCUGUGGGGGGUACAUGGCUCUCCUACUUCCUGUGCUGGUAGACUUGGUGGGCUCUGAAAAGCUGAACAACUCGAUGGGGUUCUCGAUGUUCUUUGUGGGGCUUGGCUGUCUAACAGGUCCUCCUCUGGCAGGCUUCCUGUACGACUACACUCAGACCUACGACUGCUCCUUUUACCUGGCAGGUGUGUGUUAUCUGUUAUCGUCAGUUUCUCUUUUCCUGGAGCCUCUGGCGAGGCGCUGGCAAGCCCGGAAGAAGCGGCUAGAGACGCUAAACCAAGAACUGAUGUGGAAUAAUGGCUGUUUCUGCCCGGCGCCUCAGAGGAACGGUGUUGUAUAAUAAAGGACUAAACUCAAAGCCAUAUUACUUUUCACCCUGUCAUGUGGUUCACCCUCUGAGGGCUGAUCGGAAGAGGACCUGACCUGAACAUUUGGCGGGACCACAGCGUGGCAAGCAAAUGAAUGGUCAUUUGAAUGCAGAGACCAAUAAAUGAAUGCUUCGGGACAAUGCAAACGACUUUAUUUUGAGAACGGAGUUGGUUGAAUUGUUUUAUAUAAGUCUUCUUCUCGCUUCUCAGAUCACCACGAAAACUAAAUGAGGAGCCUCUGUCACCACAUAAGCUUUUAUUUUACAACACAUGAUAAAUCUGGAUCUUCCUACAUUAGAAAGUUACUCAAAUGCAUCCACUGAUUUGAUUGUAAAUUUGUAUCACAGGACACAUAAUACUCAAAUAUACUAGUAGUAUUUUGUCAGAUGGGAAUGGGUAUGCAAUAAGCAUAUUAAGACCCUGUGAGCCUCCUUUUUGUUGAUGUGUUUUUUGCUGUGAAGCUCAGUGCUGUGUAAAGGACUGCAUCAUGCCAUCAUGGCUGACAUCAACAGAUUUUGUCAUUGGUGCCCCAACUGGAAGACAUUUUGGGCCAGAAUAUUCCAGACAUGGCCUUCUUUUUUUCACUGGUGCCAAAUCAGUCACACUGUCAUUUACUGCUGACAGCAACCAAGAGAUUUUUUGGAACAAACCGCUUCGUGAACACAAGUGAAUAUUCUUCUGAUGCCAAGUUGUGCAAGAAUUAGGUCAGUUGACUUGUGGGUUCACGUGUACCUGUACAAGAAGCCCAGACGCUGAGCGUUCUCUAAAGUGCAAAUCCUUUAUUCUUCUUGUCAUUUUUAUUUUUUAGGUUCUGAUUUUGUUGGGUAUACUACAGUGCACUGUUUAUCACCACUGUUUGCCUUUGUACACAACGACUGUGCUAAAUAUCCUGUGAUGAGAGCCAAAGAUGCAACAGAAAUAUAAUUUAUCAGUCUAUGCAUUUGAAGGUGUCCGUGUUGACAGAAAUCUCGUUACUGUUCAUAUGUUGUAGUUCUCUCUGGUAAUGUGUUUUUGUGUGAGCUGUUGCCCUCUAGAGGCACGAAAGAUGUACUGCUACUGGAAUGUCGUCUCAAUUAACAGGCUGUCCAUGUUCUGGAAUGUCCCAUUCUUUUCUUUCAUCAGCCAAGUAAUGACAAACUAAGCAUUUCCUAGAAUGAGCAAGACACGCACAAAUGCAUAAAUUUAACAAAAAAUAACAAUACGCCACUGAAAUCAUUGGCCACCGAUUUCUUGGUUUUGUUUUUGGCAGCAAGCUUUUCCUUCUCACACUAAAUUGUUUUUGAAGAAAUGGGUUAUUGUUUUGAGAAGUUGUGUUAAACUAGCCUUAAAGACAGUUAAGGGGACGCAAUAACACUAUUAAUGUCCAUGACAGACUUCACCAGCAAUACUGUACUGUUAGUGAUUUCGUACUUUUGGAAAAAUGUGAGGAUUAUAAGUUUAAAUUUUGUUGUUGUUGUUAUAGUGUUUUUUUUUUCUUUCUUCUAUUGUUCUUAUUAUUUUUGUUUUGUUGACAAUGCUCAAGACUGUCAGGAUCUACAAGACUGCGAUUAAAGCCAGCAGUAGAUUUGA